AAAUCCUUAAGAGUGAUGUCCUCCGGUUAGACCUGUAUAUCAAUGUAGGUAUAUAAAAAAUAAUUAGUCGUUUGGCAUUAUGAUAAUACUGAUAAACAAUAACAUCCUUGAGUAAUUGUAUCGAAUACAACAACCAAUCUAAAGAAUAUCAGUAUCGAACAUAUCAAAUUUAAAUUAGCAUAUCUAGCACAUAUUAUAGGGUAAAUUUAAUUAAGGGAAAUAUUAGUCUAUUAGUGAUAAAUAUUGCCUCUUCGUGUAUCAUAAUACUUGCAACUUUGUUAAGGCUGUUAUUGGAGGAUGUUCGUCUAGUUCCGUAGCAGUAUCGGCCAAUGGGAGGUGAGGCUACGCGCAGCCGUAGAUCGCUGGUAGAGCCGUGCGGGGUGCUACACGAUCGACAGACGCUACGACGGUCCUGCUACGCCUAGGAACAGAAAAAAUGCGUUAGCAAAGUGUGAGUGGGGUUACAUGAGGAAGACCGGCAGUCCACAAUGCAGGGGCUCCAAGCCGCGAAAGAGAAGGCCUCCGGCCUCUUCGCUAACAAACCCCUUUUGCUCAGAAACACCCAGUAUGAAAACUUUCACGUGGAACAGAAGGGCUACGAUCAAAUGUACGAUGGCGAAGACCUCGAAACACCACCGUCUCCUGAGAGACCACCUCCGCGGCAUAUAGAUAAAUACGUCAGAGCGGAAUGCCCAUGUUUGACUGCUCGCUACACUGUGGCACUGCUGGCUUGCUUCGGCUUCAGUAUCAUGUUCGGGAUGCGAUGUAAUAUGAGCAUGGCCAAGCUUAAGAUGACUGAAAAACAUAAUACCUCAUCUGGAGUAAGAGAAGAUACACCAUUCAACUGGACCGUCAGCGUGGAGUCUUCAAUAGACUCAUCAUAUUUCGCCGGCUACCUCAUAACUCAAGUGCCGGGCGGUUUCCUCGCUUCCAUGUAUCCCGCGAACAGAAUCUUUGGCGUUGCGAUUUUUGCUUCAGCCAUAUUUAAUAUGGCGAUACCUGGGGCAAUGUCUGUUGGACCCGUGGCCGUUGUGCUAUUAAAAGUCGCACAGGGAUUUGUUGAGGGUGUAACCUAUCCUUCUUGCCACGGAAUCUGGCGCAUGUGGGCUCCACCUUUAGAACGAUCUCGACUAGCAACGCUUGCCUUCUGUGGAACUUAUGCGGGAAUUGUCAUCGGCAUGCCCCUCUCUGGUCUCCUCACUGACUACAUAUCAUGGCAAACACCCUUCUAUUUUUAUGGAGUUUCGGGUAUGAUAUGGUACGUUCUUUGGUUGUGGCUAGUAUUUGAGAGGCCAAGCAAGCAUCCCCACAUAUCGGGAAAAGAGCUUACGUACAUCGAACAAUCUCUAGGAACAGCCACACAGGCUGCUAUGCCGGGAUUCUGGGCAACGCCUUGGAAAGCCUUCGCUACUUCACCACCCGUGUAUGCAAUUAUCGUAGCAAAUUUCUGUAGAACAUGGAACUUCUGUUUGUUGGUCAUUUUCCAGUCUGCAUAUUUCAACACCAGGUUCAAUAUGCAAAUCACAGAGUCUGGAUUCGUCGGAGCGAUCCCUCAUUUAAUCAUGACCUCACUGGUGCCCAUUGGCGGUAUGCUUGCGGAUUACUUGCGAAAGAACAACAUUAUGUCUACAACGAACGUCCGCAAGCUGUUUAACUGCGGCGGUUUUGGCUUUGAGGCAUUCUUCUUCGUUCUUAUUGCCUAUGCUGAUAAUAAGUACGUGGCUACAAUAGAAAUGACUCUCGGCGUAGCAUGCAGCGGAUUCGCUAUUUCUGGUUACAACGUCAACCACCUCGACAUCGCACCCCGAUACGCUUCAAUCCUCAUGGGGUUGUCCAACGGCAUUGGCACCAUCGCUGGCUUUCUCGUACCCAUUGUUAUCGACUACAUCACGCAAGAUAAGGACAAACCAGAUAUGGCAAUAAAGGAAUGGCGUGCUGUAUUCCUUAUGGGUGCCACUGUGCAUUUCAUUGGCAUCACAAUAUACGGGAUUUUCGCCUCCGGAGAACUGCAACCCUGGGCUGAACCGACACCGCCUUAUGAAACUCCGCUCAAACCUUUAGACCAGGAGACAACCUUCUCGGAGAAAUCCUCUGCUCUGACUGGUUCUGAGCCUCCAGCGUAUGGAAGCAUCGCACCGCCUCGCCCAGCUGUGCCGCCUCAGCAACAGCAUGUGCCCAACAACCCCUUCGUCUCUGGGGCGCUCUACCAGGCCGAGCCCAUACAGCCACCCGCAGAGCCUUACCAGGAUCUCACCGAUGACGGCACUUAUUAAAUCCUAUUAAAUAAUCCCAGUGGUUUCAUAUUACAACAAAAUAGUAGAGACAUCGGGGUCAUUUACUAUAAAAUCAAACAUGUUGGUA